AUGUUACACGCACCCACACCCAUACCCAAAAAAUAUCAAUGUCACAUAAGUCGACCAAAAACAGCAACAGAUGACGAACGUUUAGAUCUAGAUGAAAAAUACCUGGUUCGAUUAAACAAACUUUAUGAUACUUAUAAACUUCUAAGACAAAUAGCAUUAACAUUAAAAACUCAACAGAAUGAUUUUUCAUCAAAUUAUCUUUUUGAAUUUGUUCGAAUGUCUGAUAACGAUAAUGAUAUUCUUCGACGAUUAGAAAAAUGUGAAAUAAAAGAUUUUCAACUAUGUUAUAUUGAUCAUGUUAUUGAAAUUUAUGAAGAAUCAGGUAGUGGAUUUCAUCAUUUAUUUACAGACAUGCCAUCUUUACUUCGAGUUCAUAUUGAUUCUCAAUUAAACGAUGAACUUGUUCGAAACCUCAAUGAAAAUAUUAUUAACAUUGACUAUAACAAUAAUGUUGAUAAAAUUCAAACAACAAAUACAAACAAUUACAACAUUUCUUAA